AGUGUCUCCUACAAAAGUAUUGAGGGUUUCCAUGGAAAAAACAGAGCCCCCCACAGAUACAAUCCACCACUGAAGGGCUUAUGCCAAACCCCUGUUCUUCACUCCCCAGGCACCUGAGAACACAGCAUCCCUAGAUACAACAGGUCCAAGACAAAUUGUUGCAUGGUGAGCUCCCACAUGUUUCAGUGGAACCUUCCUGUAGGAGGGGACAUACCUUAGGUCUGACAAAUUGAGCAGAGGAAAACCAAUUACAUGCAAAUGCUUACAAAAUAAAAUCACCACCAUUUCAGUGUUUUCUGCCAUACAUGAUAAUGUCAAGGGGCUUUAUUAAUAGAAGCUGCGUAAGCAGAGGUUUGAAUUUGAACAGGAUUUUUUUUCACUUCUGCACCUCAUUGCUUCCUGGCUGACUGCUCAGUAUAUGCCAGCAUAGGCAUUACGUGAUGCUCUGCUUGUCCCCACAGCCAUCAGUCAAGACAGAGCCUGAGCUGGAGCCCAAAGAAAUACCAGCAGGAUAGUCUGGACUGUGACUGCUUCCCUCUUCCCUCCUGCUCUCGCCUACACAUGUGAUGCUGCUGCUGCCUCGGCACAGAGCCACACUAUGGGAAGAGCUGAGGAGCCUCUCCCCAUCUACUCAUGUCUAAGGGGACACUGUGCCUUGAUAAUUCAGGGAGAACUCUAUUGAUUACCUGUCCUCCUCAGGAACAAACACCAUCUGAACAAGGUUAAGACCAAGAAUGUAAGAGAAAUGCCUCUUUUCUACAGCUGAACUGGUGACAGAAGCCAGGAGUGACACCAUCACCUGCUAUCACUUUCUAGUCUUAAGCCACUUGCCAGAACUGGGGAAGUGUCAGAUUGGGUCUCUCCUCACUAAAGGCUCCCUAACAUGUUCCAAGUCCCUCCUAAACCAUGACUGAUAUAAGAUGCCAUAGGGGUAGAAAGUGUUAGGAAACAUCACAGGAUCAUCACUUCCCAAAAUGGCUGAACAUGGAAAAAUGUUGAACCUCUGCCUACAGCAUGGAUGCUGCCUUCUGCCAGCAGCAAAGUGGGGUGGCAAAGCCCUUUCCUCCCUGUCAGCAGUACUGCUCUCCUGACAAGUCACAGUCCUGAGGAUUCACAGGCAUCACACCCCAGGAUUUUUAUCCAGGUAGUCUGGCUUUACUCCACUGAGUCUUGUUACACAGGACAAAGCCGUAAAUCAGCUGUGUGCCCUGCUCCCCCUGACACUGCCAACAGUGUUUGAACCACACAGGAGCCUUGCUGAUAUCCAUCCUUUGGUGCAAUACUCUGUGGAUCCAAGCAGAGGCAGUGAUUACAGCCAUGGUACUGAUCAGAUGCUGUGUUGGACGUCUUCAGCUACCGUGGAACUCACUGUCUUAGGCAUAAGGAUGGUUCAAUACAAAUGUAUAUAUAUAGGCUGAUCACACAAGACUAUUUUUUGGUUUAAUUUUAGAACUGGGCUAGAAGAAUUAGAUUAAAAGAAAGUAAAUUUGAAUUAAACAUCAUUGUUAGCUUUGUUAUCCAAUGUAAUCAAAACCAUUACAUCCUUCUGAAAUGAUGAACUAAUUCCAAAUCAGAAUUGGAAGAAAAACAAACAGUAGCAUUAAUGCUCACCCUAGGAAAGUAACUCGUGUUUAGGUCUACCUUUUAAGGGUGGGCUGCCAAACUAACACACGUCUCCUAUUACAGGUAUAUUUAUAGGCCAAGCCAAGGCAGCUGUGACUGCACAUCACCCCACGAAAACAGGAAACCGUCAGAUGGCACGGCCCCUUCUCCAUUCCUCGAUCAACAGCGCUGAGAGCAAUGCCUGUAAUGCGCAUCUAGGACAGCAAGAGCGCUUUUGCAUGCAAGUACCAGACCCGUUCUCCUUAAAACCAGCCUGGAAUGGCUGCAAGCAAAUAUCUCAACAGGACUUUGUUAUAUUUACGGCUGCAGUGGAACGCCGGGAUUACACAGGGCAGGCGUCUUUCCCGGGCCCGCCCCGCAGCUAUGGCGGCUCGCCCGCUCGGGAGGAUGCUCGGGAGCUGCCGCCUGCUCCUCCUGCUCCGCUCCCCGCUGCCGAGCGCCGGCUGCGCCCGCGCUGCGCACAGAAGCACAGACACAGGCCCCCUCACUAAACAAGCUGAAGCAGCUGCUGCUACAGACUGGAAAAAAAAAUUGACUCCGGAGCAAUUCUAUGUUACACGAGAAAAAGGAACUGAACCGCCUUUCAGUGGGAUCUAUCUGAAUAACACAGAAUCAGGAAUAUACUGCUGCGUGUGCUGCAAUGCCCCCCUCUUCAGCUCAGAGAAGAAGUACAAUUCUGGGACUGGAUGGCCAUCUUUUUCUGAGGCUUAUGGUACUUGUGGCAGAGAUGAAAGUAAUACCAAUAUCCUGAGACGACCAGAUAACUCACUGGGGUCAACUAGAACUGAAGUCGUCUGCAAACAGUGUGAUGCCCAUCUAGGCCAUGUGUUUGAUGAUGGACCCAAACCUUCUGGGCAGAGGUUCUGUAUCAACAGCAUUUCAUUAAACUUCAAACCAGGCUCUGGGCAGUGAGAAGUGGCUCUCUCUGGCUUGCAGAACAUUCUUUCUCUGCUCAUACAGCACACUUGUGAAAAACUCAAAUUUUAGUAAUUAUGCUGUAGUAGCUUUGUUUUCCAGCUGUUAUCAUUGUUGAUAAAAUACAUAUUUUUGUUGUAACUCUUUGGCAGUCUGUCUUUUCAUGGUUACUGUGGCAUGUUGAUCUGCUUAUUGUAUUUUUUAAUUAAAAAAAAAUAAAUCUGUGCAAUAGUUCACAUUCCUAGGUAUCAUCAUUAACUGUAGGAGGCUGCUGAAAUGAGGUGCUCUCCUGAACCUGACUGCCUGUUCUGAGCAGUAGUUGUGGCACUCAGGAACACAGAUGUACAUGGCUGAUCAUGGCAAAGCUUAUACUUCUUUAAAAUCAUCAUAUCCUUCUAAAGAGAAGCAAAAAUAACAUGAAUCUUCAAAUAAGGUCUGAGGGGCUUUUUUCCCCCUGGUGUGAGAGACCUUUAGCUGAGCCAAGUGACUUUUCUGUGAACCCAUAAAAGCAAAGUCCUGAAGGAGUACCUAAUUAAAACUAUUUCAGGCAAUGGAACCAGUGGAGACAUGGAGUCUUUCUUCUUUUAAAUCAAUUAUUUUGAUUCUGUGUCCAAUAGCAGAGUUGAAAUAGGAUUUGCUCCAGAAACAUCUCUUACAGCAAUUAUAUGAUAAUAAUGUAAUGAUUUGUGUAAUAUUUUCAGACUUCUGUUAUCACUUGUGUAUUUCAGAAUCAAAAAAUAAAAAUGACUAUGGAAAUUCCUGUAUAUGGAGGAAAUAAAUCAGCAUCAAAAACCAGGCUUGGUAAAGCGUUGCUUUUGAUGCCUUGUCUGUU